AUGCUGGGCGCGCUGCCGCUGCGGAGCAUGACGCGCAAGCUCGUCCAGGACGAAAACGUGCGCGGGGUAAUCACCAUGAACGAGGAGUAUGAGACCCGGUUCCUGUGCAACUCCUCACAGGAGUGGAAGAGAGUAGGGGUCGAGCAACUGCGGCUCAGCACAGUAGACAUGACUGGGAUCCCCACCUUGGCUAACCUCCAGAAAGGAGUCCAGUUUGCUCUCAAGUACCAGUCGCUGGGCCAGUGCGUCUAUGUGCAUUGUAAGGCGGGGCGCUCCAGAAGUGCCACUAUGGUAGCAGCAUAUCUGAUUCAGGUGCACAACUGGACUCCAGAGGAAGCUAUAACAGUCAUCGCCAAGAUCCGGUCACACAUCUAUAUCAGACCUGGCCACUUGAAAGUUCUUAAAGAGUUCUAUAAGAUAAAUGCAGGGGCAGCAAAGGAUGAGACUGGUGAUACAUCAAAGACUUGAAGUACAUGGAUUAGAAAGAACUUAAGCUAACUCUGCUUGAUACAGAGUAAAAAAGUUUAAUAAGACCAAAGGGGCCUAAGCCCAGACUUGACAUAACGGAAAUGUGCUAAGUAAUGGAUAAUUUUGCUUCCUUUGUCUUAUUUCAUUUUCCUGGAAUAACACUGUUGCAUGGUUAGAGAGGAAGAGA